AUGUCUAUAUUAAAAGAAAGGUUCCUUGGUCAUUUCAUUCUUUAUGACUAUGUUUCUAAUACUCCUUCAGAAAACAUAUCCUACUUACAUUUCCUGAACUCCAACAAAGAAGCUAUCAAAAUGAUUCCACUAUACGCGAAGACUUGGAAUGCUAAUCACAGUUCAUGGAGUCAACACUUUCUAGAAAUAGAAAAUUUGGGAGAUAAAGUGAUAAAAAAGAUAUUAGUUAAAGGUAUUCUUGAUAAUAGGGGUCUUCAGUUGGCAAAAUUGGCCUUAUCUCACGCAGAAAAUUUUCAAGAUCAUGAGGAUGGAGCUACAUCUACUAUUUCCAAGUCUAAUGUGAUCGAAACAGAUUUAAAAGAUAUGCUUAUCGAUGCUACCAGUGAUGAUAAUGCAGAAAAUGAACCUGAACGGCCAUGUAUACCAGAAGAUAAGUCUGCCUUCUCAUCUUUUGGAUGUGCACAGAUUAGAAUCGUCACUUUCAGUGAUGAACCCUCCUCAGCAAUUUAUACACUUCCCAGGCCUAUAGAAGAUGAAAACAAAUCAGAAGAGGACUACGUAGAUAAGAAAGAGAAAAAGGUGAGUUGUAGAAGUACAUUAUGUCAUUUUGAAAGAUGGAGAACAACAUCAUGUGAAAAUUAUCAAGUGGAAGGUUUGUAG